CCUCGGCAAAUAAAUAGAGCGGUACUGAAGGGCUCUAGUUGCGCCGCGGAGAGACGGGUGUUGGUGGUUUGUUGGUAUUGCGACGUUACCACUUGUGGCGCUUUUUGCCUGCCGCGCCGGUGAGAGGCAGCGGACACAGGAUCACGUAACCAUGAUUGAAGAUAAGGGCCCAAGAGUUAGCGACUACUUUGUAGUUGCAGGACUGACUGACACAUCUACACCAUUGGAACAAGAAAUCACAGUGGUGGAGCCCAAGUCAACAAAGCCGAAAGCACCAAUAACAGAUAUUGCUGUCAUAAUCAAAUCAGCAGGAGAAAAUGUUCCUGAAGGUUAUACCUGCAUUGAAAUUACACCAACAGGACUUCCAGCAAAUUUAAAUUUUGGGAGUUUGAAAAGUCCAGAGAUAUACCUUUGCUAUAAGAGGGGACUUGAUGAGCCACCCCUUAUUGAUAUUGGGGUUUUAUAUGAGGGGAAAGAGCGCGUCAUUCCAGGCUGUGAAAUCUUACAAGCAACUCCUUUUGGCCGUUGUGCCAAUGUUAACAACAGUUCAGCCAGUUCUCAGAGAAUCUUCAUUACCUAUCGAAGGGCUCCUGUGAACAGGCACCAAAAUUCUUUAGCUGUGACUGACAUUUGUGUUAUUGUUACCAGUAAAGGAGAAACUCCACCCCACACUUUCUGCAAAGUUGAUAAGAACUUAAACUGUGGCAUGUGGGGUUCCAGUGUCUAUCUUUGUUACAAGAAGUCUGUUCCUGUUUCCAAUUCGAUUGCAUAUAAGGCCGGAUUAAUAUGCCGAUAUCCUGAAGAGGACUAUGAGUCGUUCCCACUGUCAGAGUCAGUGCCUCUCUUUUGCCUUCCAAUGGGAGCUACUAUUGAAUGCUGGCCUCCCCAGACAAAAUAUCCAUUACCAGUUUUCUCCACCUUUGUGUUAACUGCUUCAUCAGCAGAGAAGGUUUAUGGUGCUGCCAUCCAGUUUUAUGAAUCAUAUCCAAUAGAGCAACUUAACGAGAAGCAGCUUGUGCAACUCAGCCUCAUCACCGCUGUGGGGAAGAAACUAAUCACCUCCAAGUCUGUGCACACCAAUAAAUGCAUCUGCCUUCUGUCCCGCUGGCCCUUCUUUGAGGCAUUCCGCAAAUUUUUGAUGUUUCUGUAUAAACUUUCAGUCUCAGGACCUCAUCCUUUGCCAAUUGAGAAGCAUAUAUCCCACUUCAUGCAUAAUGUUCCCUUCCCAUCAGCCCAGAGGCCAAGAAUCUUGGUUCAGCUAUCUGCACUUGAUGCAUUGAUUCUGUCUCAGCCGGUUUCAACACCCUUGCCUUUAAGAGGAGCAAACUUUAGCACUUUGCUGAUGAACUUGGGUGCUGAAAACUGUGCAAUUCUACUGUACUUAGUCUUGAUGGAAAACAAGAUUUUGUUGCAUUCUCUCAGGCCUGCUGUAUUGACAGGUGUGGCUGAAGCUGUUGUGACUAUGAUUUUUCCUUUUCAUUGGCAGUGUCCGUAUAUUCCACUCUGUCCAUUGUCCCUAGCUGGAGUCCUCAAUGCACCAAUUCCAUUUAUUGUUGGUGUUGAUUCGCGAUAUUUUGAUCUUAAUGACCCACCUCUGGAUGUUGCGUGUGUGGACCUAGAUACAAAUACGAUAUAUAUAUCUGAUGACAGGAAGAACUUAACCUGGAAGCAACUCCCAAAAAAACCUGGGAAGAAUCUCUUCAGUUCUUUAGUGAGUCUACAAAAUCAGCUUUCAUUAAUUCACAGGAGAGCACAGGAAGGGUCUGCUAUCGAGAUGACACCAAUAGAGGCCGAUUUUUCCUGGCAUAAAAAGAUGAUAUCACUGGAGAUGGAAAUUCAGGAGGCCUUUUUGCGAUUUAUGGCAUCAAUAUUGAAAGGAUAUAGAACAUACCUCAAACCAAUCACCCAGGCUCCUUCUGAAAAAGCCACUUCUGCAAAUUCACUAUAUGACCUACAAGGAUUCUUGAAGUCUCGUGAUCGAACACAUCAGAAGUUCUAUGUUCAGUUGACUAAAACACAGAUGUUCAUUCGUUUCAUUGAAGAGUGUUCUUUUGUGAGCGACAAAGAUGCCAGCCUAGCAUUUUUUGAUGACUGUAUAGAUAAGCUUUUUCAUUCUGACAAGGGCACAGAGAAAGGAAAUAAGGUUGAUGCUGACUGCACUGAAGAUACGAAGCUCAUUGAACUGGAUGAGUCACAAAGAAGUGAGCACACUGUCUUCAUCAUGCCUCUGGAACCUGCUUCUGACGAGCAAGAUCUAGAAGGGAAAUUUAGCUAUAAAACAUUCCCAGUGCUUAAACCAGAGCUAUUUGACAGACCACAGGAAAUGAAAAUGCCUGUUAGGCUAUUAGUUGGAGGUCCUGUUCCCAGCAGUCCAGCCCUCAUGGCAAAACGAACUAAGCAGGAGAUGAAAGCUGCUCAAAAAAUUGCUAAGAAAUACUUCUCAAUUCCUGCACUUUGGUUCAAAUGCUUGUUCAGCCAUUGUUACAGUCUUUGGUUCAUUUGCUUGCCAGCAUAUGUUGGAGUUUCUCAUUCUAAGGUCAGAGCACUGCAGCAAGCAUAUGGUGUUCUCAUGAAAAUGAGAAAUUUGAAGGUUGAUCCACUCGAUGAGGUGUGCUACAGGGCUUUGAUGCAGUUGUGUGGACUCUUGGGACACCCAGUACUUGCUGUUCGAGUUCUGUUUGAAAUGAAAAAUGCAGGUGUGCAACCAAAUGCCAUUACUUACGGUUACUACAACAAGGCUGUUUUGGAGAGUCCCUGGCCCAGUAGUAAUCGCAGUGGUUGUUUUCUAUGGACAAAAGUGCGGAAUGUGGUUCAAGGUGUCGCACAAUUUCGCCAAGCUUUCAAAAAGUCAAGCUCUUCAAAUGCUCAAGUUUCGUUGACCUCAGGUGGAAGUGAUACGGAUGCUGUGAGCCAUGGUAGCGUGGAUAGUUCUAAUGAUGCUAACAAUGGGGAGCAUGUGUUCGUCCGAGACCUAAUCAGACUAGAUUCCACUGAUAAUCACGGUAGCACAGGUGUUCAGUCAGACCAAGGUUAUGGAUCUAAAGAUGAACUUCGGCGUGAUGGCAUUGACCUGCAAGAAGAUGCAUUAGUAGAAGUUAGCUCAUCUGGUCUAAUUACAGAGCAAAAAGAAAAAAGUCCAGACAGUGCUGGUGAGAAUUCAGCAAUGAGUAAAGAAAUGAAGAGUUCCAACUCCCCAGAAAGACUUCACUCAAGUAGCAGCAUUGUGAAACUUCAGUGUUCUCCUGUUGGCAACAAUGGGAGCAACUGUGACGUAGCGAACUUGCUGAUGGUAAAACAUGAUCAUUACCAUGGUGGUGAUGCAGUUGAUGACUCCAGUACACAAAUGCAGCGAAAAAAUAGUGAGAAAAUUCAGCAACGGCAAAAGCGCUGGGCAGAAAGGAGCUGCAGCUUCAGUACUGAUUCGCGGCCUAAUAUGUUACUUCAAAAGGGAAGCCUUGAAACUGAUCCUAACGAGAUAGCAGAGAUGAUGGGUGCUGAUGCCAAGAUCCUAACUGCUGUUCUUUGCAGUGCCAAGGAGCCAGAUUCAGUACUUAAGACCCAUUCAAACUUGGAUCAUUCAGCUAAGCAAACAGGAGAGUGUCAAGGUGAAGACGGCACAACUACGUUUGAUAAAUUCUCUGAUAUUUCAGAGAAUAGUGACUUAAGCAAAAUAAAAAUAUCAGAUAAACACCCUAGAAAUGUAGUACUUGAGGACCUGCAGGUUGAGCCAAAUUCUUUUCUUCCAAUUGAUGAAGAACAGGAAGUUGAAGGCCCUAUGCACAGAAGGACAACUGCUUGUCCCACAGUUAAACCUGUAGAAAGAGAAGAUGUUAGGGUAGGCUUUGAUCCAUUGUCAUUGCUAGCCUCAGAGACAGAGAAGAAAAUCUCUUCCAAUGUUGAGAAGAAUGUUCCCACCGUUGUCUCUCGAAAACUUGCAGAUGAAAUUGAAAUGUAUAUGAAUCUUAAAAGCCCUCUUGGGGGAAAAUCUGCCAGUAUGGAACUGCACAAGGCAGAGAAUGAAGAGAAGUCAUUAGGUGACAGCAGUGAUGUGCACUGUCAUGCACCGGAAAGAAGGUCAAGUCUCCCAUCUAGCCCAGUACCACCAGAAGCUGCACAGUCGAUAUCUGUAUCAGUGUCCAGAUCAAAAACAUUUGCUGGGCAGCCUAAAGUGCAAAAGGCCAUUUCACAGAAGAUGCGUUCAGCUUCAUUAACUGCCUUAGUAAGAAACACUCAGCAUGGCUCCUUGGGAUCCAUGGUCACGUCAAUUUCAGGAUUUAAGCUUGACAAUCUGCUCUCAGGACCCAAGAUGGAUGUACUUAAAUCUGGUAUGAAACAAGCAGCAAAUGUUGCCAGUAAAAUGUGGGGAGCUGUGGCAUCAGCAUACUCCUAUUCUGAUGACGAGGAUGAGCCACAUGAUGACUCAAGAUUCAAUUUUCCUUCUGGUGUUCAAGAUUAUCAUUAUAGCGGCAGUCCAAUGGAAAGAAUAGGUCUACCUGCAAUGGCUACAAAUGGCCUAAAUCAAAGCAGCACUAGUCUAGGCAGCAGCACCAGCAGUGAUACUGGUAAACAUCCUCUGACAGGCGCUGCAUAUUCAUCUAAAGUAGGAAAAGGUAAUGAGCCUGAGAAAUCAGAUCUUGGAUCCUCCCAGUGUGUCAGUACAUCAAGCAUCUUCCAGAAUUGUGCUUUGGAGGUGUUGAUGUCCAGCUGUUCUCAGUGUCAUGUCUGUGAAGCUUUGGUUUAUGAUGAGGAGAUUAUGUCCGGUUGGAGUGCAGAUGACUCUAACCUUAACACCACUUGUCCAUUUUGUAAAAAUGCUUUCUUGCCAGUGCUAAAUAUUGAGUUUAAGGACUUGCGAGAUACUGGAAGCUUUUAUUUGAAAUCCAGUGUGUCUGGUGACAGUUUGCACAACCAGCAUGUAACCACUGCAGCAGAACCUGUUGUGCAAAACACUGACUCUGCCUCUGAUACCUCAGAUCUUAUUAACAUGGAAGAAUCACCACUGCCUCCUGUGGAACAGAAGGAAACCAAUUCCGAACAUAAAAGUGCUUUAUCUAAAGGUCCUCACGAACUGGCAAAUAAUGGAAGUAAUGAAGCCCCUCAACGGACAGGAUCUUUGAUCCGAAGUUACAGUGUAGGUGGCCCGCUACAAAACUUGGAUGUGUCUCAGCGGCCUGCACAUGGUAUUUCAACAACCAGCCUACCAAGCAGUCUGCAUGAAAGUGUGGAUCCUACGGGUCUGCAGAAGAGGCCUAACCCAAAGCCUGUAUCUGUUCCAUAUCUAAGUCCAUUAGUACUGCGUAAGGAGUUGGAGUCUCUGUUGGAUAAUGAGGGAGAUCAAGUGAUACACAGUUCCAAAUUUAUUAACCAGCAUCCAAUUAUUUUCUGGAACCUUGUCUGGUAUUUCAGACGGCUAGACUUGCCAAGCUACCUGCCUGGACUCAUUCUGACUUCUGAGCAUUGUAAUAAAGGAAUGCAGAUGUCUCUGUCAGAUCUUUCACAGGACAGCAAAUUGGUGUAUAUACAGCUUCUCUGGGAUAACAUUAAUCUUCAUCAAGAGCCUGGUGACCCAUUGUAUACACGUUGGAGAAACAGGAAUAAAAAUUUGAUUGGUGGAUUAACUCCUGAUAGUCAGGUGGAGAAGAGUCCCCUGCACAUUAUUGUGAGAAGUAUUCAGACUAAUGAUGUGUUUGGACCUAUGUGUCUACUGCUGAAGGAGAUCAGCAAACAUCCUGAAAACAAACGACAAAGGAGUAUGUAUAGGGAAAUUUUGUUUCUUUCCUUGGUUGCCCUCGGGAGAGAGAAUAUUGAUAUUGAUGCUUUCGAUAGAGAAUACAGAUCAGCAUAUGAGCGCCUGACAGAAGAACAGUUGAAUGUAGCACAAGCUAUCGAUUUGCCACCCUGCAAGAGGAUUGAGUGGUGUCGCAAGUGUUUUGAGCCUCCCUUCAUCUAACAAAAGUGCAACAUCUCUACAGAAUUGAACCACUAUGACGAUGUCCGGAGUGUGACUGUAAACAUUCAAACUGUAUGUGUGCCUAGAUGGUUAGAAUUAACAUGAUAUACAUGAAAAUAUGGAUGGACAAGUGCUAUGUCAUUUUGAAUGAUGAAGUGUCCAGUUCUGUUCUGUGCUUUAUGGAAAGGAGAUUCUUUGGAAUGUAACUGCUGAACACUAAAUGUCUUAAGGCAGUUCUGCCAUUUUUUUACCAAUGGUCUAGUAGUGCAGUGUUUUGUACAAAUUUCACAAAGGAUGGUUCUGACCAUAUUGUAUUUUUUUAGUAUCAACUGGAUUUUGUUUUGGAUGAUUUCCUUAUGAUGUAAAUGUGUUGAGAUUCUACAGUUCUAAAUGAUUUAUUAUAUACUGUAUAUAUAAUAAAAAUGCCCCACCAAGUCAUAAAACAUCACCCAAUUGGACUGCAGAGAAGAAAGACAAUUGGAGAGGAUUGCACAUUCAUAAUUAACAAUCCAUUUGACUUCUUUCUGUGCAAAGACCAGCUCCUGCUUUAUGUUUUGGUGGUUAUAUUGAAUACCUGCUCUGAUAUCUGACAGUCCUAUUUCUCUGUGCUCCAUAUAUAAAGGGAUCUAUAAUUUUAUGGCGGUAUUUUUGAUAUUUUCCAGUCAAAGCCCAUUCAGAGCCUUCAUACUCUGCCCAGAUGAUAACACAGUUGUUCUAUGUAAAAUAUGACAUAUUGCUGACACUUUUUCUUCAGGAUUUAUAUUGAGAAAUUAUAAACGCACUGGGUGAAUCAUGGUAGUACAAAUGAAUUGAAGGACGAAAUUUUGAUUCUGGUACCUAAAUAUGCAGUAAUCUAUCAAAUUCUUCACCAUACUGAAUUGUAAAAUGAGUAAUUUUUAUAUUUUAAUAUCUCUAGUAAGCCAGAUUUCAUCUAUCAUUCAAAUGUACAGCUGCACAGUUGUUUAAUAUGACAGCAGUUAGUACAGUUCUCUAAAUGUGGUAAUUUAAAUAAAAAUUAAUUUAAAAA